AAUACUAACUUUCCUCCUGCAUAAUAAUAAUCAAUCCAAGAAAUACACAUCUCCGCAUACCAUCAAGUCCCACGAAAUGCAACAUGCCAUUCCCCCCCUGACUCCAAAUCUCACUCUCACUCUCACUGCCACUGCCACCAUGCACUCACUCCGCCACAAUGCACCCAUUCCAAUUCCACUACUGCAGAAAGGCAAAACAACCCCCCUCAAGCAAGCUAAAAGAAAAGAUAGCUAGUAAAACCCUGAAGAACUUUAAAGUAUAUUAGUACCAGACACAGCCCUACAACUCAAUUGAAUUUUUCUCUCCAACUUUAAUACCAUCUAUCAUUUCACUCACAUAACAACCCUAUUCCCAUACUAUACAUACCGACGAAGGAAGAAAAGAAAGAAAGAUGUCCUCAUCAAACACCGCUACAACCAAAAACCCCAAACCCAAAUCCCAAUCCCAAUCCCAAACACAAGAAGAAAGACCCCAUCUAUCCGCCAACUUUGCCAACCCAUCAUCGCAAAGAAUCGACUACGAUCAUGAAGUGUACCUCCAUUUGAUGUCCGGUGAUGAUGGUGAUGACACCCGCAAGGACAAGAAUAGAAGCAAGACGCCGAAUCAGGUGUAUCGGGAGAAUAUCGUGCGAAGACAUACGACUCGCGCGCUGGAUCCGGCAGUGGUGGACCCUAAUGCGCAGAGGGAUCCGAGUCCCCUUGAUUUGGAGUGGGCGGAGAGUCAGAGGGUUAGGGAGAGGUUGGUGGGGAAUUAAUUGAGUGUCAUGGUGAUUGUGAGGAUGAGGAUGAUGGGUGGAUGGGUAGAUGGGGUUCUAAUGGACAAGUAAAAGAAGGAAUGAAAGACAGAUAGAAAAGUGCAACGUCGUGAUGAUUAUUUCAUUCAUGAAGCAAC